CCGUGCACCACUCCACAAUCCCAACAGCAGAAAAGCACAACCGAAGAAGUGGACUAUUAAUACUGUACUGUAAGUAAGUAAGUAAGAGAAGAUGACGACUGAAGCUACGGCCAUGGACGUGGAUCCACCAGCUACUACUACUACUACUGCUAGUACCGGUACUGUAGUGGCUGCUGCCCCAACAGCAGCUCCAACCCCAGCAGACCCUGAAUCGUUGAAUGGCUGUUGGAUUUUAGACAAAUCAAAAGGCGAAUGGUCGAUGCGUGGAUAUUUGGAAACGAUGAAUGUGAACGAAUUGGCGAUCAAAGCGCACGAAAAAGGCGAACAAGAGUACGACACGUUUCACACCAUUCAGCUCACUACGGAUCGCAUCAAAAUCACCAAGCGAUCACGAGUCAACGCGGAUUUGGUCGUAGAGCUGCGCUUGGGAAUCGAAGAAAAGGAGUUGUUGCCACCGGGAGAUCGACUCAAGGCAUCACUCGCCGUGUCGCAUAAUCCUCGUCAUUUGAAAAUUGAGUCCUCGAUGCAUACCGUAAAUGGAAUUGCCAAAGUCACCGAUGUCAAGGAAAUGCAGCCGAAUGACACGGGGGGUGGUGGUGUCGUGCUGGUGCAGACACUCACCGUUCUCAAUGAACAAACGGGAAAUUCUCACACUACGACUCGAUAUUUCAUUCCCUAUCGAGGAACUCCUCCUCAUGAGGUUGUUUGAUUACCGUAUGGCUUGUGACUGCAUGGUACAAGGAUGUCAAAAUGGAUCCAAUUAUCGUCUCCCAUCGUCUCUGGCUAGCUUGAUUUAUUUGGGUUGGGCUCUGUCAGAUUAUACAGUAAUCAAAAAAUAGGAGGUGGUUUUUGUG